AGGUUAAUAGGUUAAGGUUGCCUCGAGAAGUUUGCAAGAUGGGAAGGUUAACUAUAUAGUGCCUAUACUCCUUCUUUGCAUCCUGAUGGAACCUGUGGAGGCCGAGGGAGACUGUCUCACUAUAAUUGCAAAAGACUUGGAACGCAACAGACUUGGAACCUGUUUAGAGCACGGAUUCAAGACACAGUUGGAAGGAUGUGUAACAGCUGAUACAAAUUACCAAAUGAAAGAAGGAGAAAAAGAUAGAUGCGAAAGGAUCGAAAAAAGACUAAUAAUAUGUAAUUUUGUCUGCAAGAGAAAACCAACACUACCAAAUACGAAACCACCAAAACCAACAACACCAAAGCCAAUACAACCAAUGCCAACGAAAUCUCCUACAAAACCAAAGCAACCAACACCAACCCAACCUAAGCCAACACAACCUAAGCCAACACAACCUAAACCAACACAAGCUCCAGCAAUACCAAAGCAACCAACACCAACACAACCAAAGCCAACGCAAGCUCCAGCAAUACCAAAGCAACCAACGCCAACACAACCAAAGCCAACACAAGCUCCAGCAAUACCAAAGCAACCAACACCAACACAACCUAAACCAACACAACCAAAGCCAACACAAGCUCCUGCAAUACCAAAGCAACCAACACCAACACAACCUAAACCAACACAACCAAAGCCAACACAAGCUCCUGCAAUACCAAAGCAACCAACACCAACACAACCUAAACCAACACAACCUAAGCAAACACAAGCUCCAGCAAUACCAAAGCAACCAACACCAACACAACCUAAACCAACACAACCAAAGCAAACACAAGCUUCAGCAAUACCAAAGCAACCAACGCCAACACAACCAAAGCCAACACAACCAAAGCCAACACAAGCUCCUGCAAUACCAAAGCAACCAACGCCAACACAACCAAAGCCAACACAAGCUCCUGCAAUACCAAAGCAACCAACACCAACACAACCAAAGCCAACACAACCAAAGCCAACACAACCAAAUCCAACACAAGCUCCAGCAAUACCAAAGCAACCAACACCAACACAACCUAAACCAACACAACCAAAGCCAACACAAGCUCCUGCAAUACCAAAGCAACCAAUACCAACACAACCUAAGCCAACACAACCAAAGCCAUCACAAGCUCCUGCAAUACCAAAGCAACCAACACCAACACAACCAAAGCCAACACAACCAAAGCCAACACAAGCUCCUGCAAUACCUAAGCAACCAAUACCAACACAACCUAAGCCAACACAACCAAAGCCAUCACAAGCUCCUGCAAUACCAAAGCAACCAACGCCAACACAACCAAAGCCAACACAAGCUCCAGCAAUACCAAAGCAACCAACACCAACACAACCUAAACCAACACAACCUAAGCCAACACAAGCUCCAGCAAUACCAAAGAAACCAACGCCAACACAACCAAAGCCAACGCAAGCUCCAGCAAUACCAAAGCAACCAACACCAACACAACCUAAGCCAACACAAGCUCCUGCAAUACCAAAGCAACCAACAUCAACACAACCUAAACCAACACAACCAAAGCCAACACAACCAAAGCCAACACAAGCUCCAGCAAUACCAAAGCAACCAACACCAACACAACCUAAACCAACACAACCUAAGACAACACAAGCUCCAGCAAUACCAAAGCAACCAACGCCAACACAACCAAAGCCAACACAACCAAAGCCAACACAAGCUCCUGCAAUACCAAAGCAACCAACGCCAACACAACCAAAGCCAACACAAGCUCCUGCAAUACCAAAGCAACCAACACCAACACAACCAAAGCCAACACAACCACAGUCAACACAACUAAAACCAAAGUUAAGUCUUUCCGAGGUGAUAGCUGCAUGUUCCCACCAGAGCACUAGUUUCCCUGGGGCUGAUUUCUUCAACAGAACCUAUGCAAACCUUGAAGAGUGUGCAAAGGAUUGCCUAAGAACAAAAUAUUGCAAAUCUAUAACGUUCAAAACUGUUAGCAAAAACUGCUACUUGAACUCGAAGGCUGGGGGAGCCUAUGGACCAAUACAACAGUUAGAUGCCAUAAGUACGAACAUGGAAUGCAACAGAGAUAAAUUAGAUCUGAGUUGUGCUAAGGAAGGUAUGUCGUUUGUGGGGGCAGAUCGUGGGAGUCUGGUGGUUCGUAGUAUGGAGAAAUGCAUCAACUUUUGUCGAGAUACAGAAGAUUGCAAAUCUUUUUCGUAUAAGAGAAUGGGUGGCCGAUGCCUUCUCAAAUCUAAACGUGGAGGUUUUAGAGGAGCAAAGAUGAUGGCAGGAUAUACCAGUAUGAAUAUGGAAUGCGACAAUAGUGAGGUUACAAAUCUAGAUUGCUUAAGAAAGGGAUUAAACUUUGAUGGAGCAAAUCUAAAUAAGCUUGUGCAGGCUAAUGAGGAAGAAUGCGUAAAAGAAUGUAGAGAUACAGAGGGAUGCGUAGCCUUGACAUUCCGAGAGUCUGAUAAAUUGUGCUACCUCAAAUCUAAGCGUGGUGGUGCAAUCGGACCUACAGUAGCAGUUGGAUACAACAGUAUGAACAUGAAAUGUGAUGACAGUACCCUAACCUACUUGGAUUGCUUGAGAAAAGGAUUGAACUUCGCUGGAGCCAAUCUAAGGAACCUCAUAGUGGCUGAUGUGAAAGAAUGUGUUAGGCUUUGCAGAGACACUGAGGGAUGCGUAGCCUUGACUUUCCAAGAAUCUGGAAACAAUUGCUACCUCAAAUCUAAGUGGGGCGGGGAGUAUAGACCUGCAGUAGCAGCCGGAUACAACAGUAUGAAUAUGAAAUGUGAUAACAUUGACUUUACCAACUUGAGCUGCUUGAGAAAAGGAUUCAAUUUUGCUGGAGCUGAUCUUAGGGAAUACACAGUGGCUGAUGUAGAAGAAUGUGUUCGGUUAUGUCCAGACAGUGAGGGAUGCGUAGGCUUGACUUUCCGAGAGUCUGAUAAACGGUGCAACCUUAAAUCUAAGCGUGGUGGUUUCAUUGGACCUAUAGUGGCAGUUGGACAUAGCAGCAUGAAUAUGGUAUGUGAUAACAGUCCCGUAACCAACUUGGACUGCAUUAGAAAAAGAAUAAACUUUGCUGGAGCCGAUCUAAGGAACCUCGUAGUGGCUGACGUGAAAACAUGCGUUAGGCUAUGUAGAGACACUGAGGGAUGCGUAGCCUUGACUUUCCGAGAAUCUGAUAGACGCUGUUACCUUAAAGCUAAUCGUGGUGGUUUCAUUGGACCUAUAGUGGCAGUUGGACAUAGCAGCAUGAAUAUGGUAUGUGAUAACAGUCCCGUAACCAACUUGGGUUGCUUGAGAAAAGGAUUUAACUUCGCUGGAGCCGAUCUAAGGAACCUCGUAGUGGCUGACGUGGAAACAUGUGUUAGGCUUUGUAGAGACACUGAUGGCUGCGUAGGGUUGACUUUCCGAGAAUCUGAUAAACGGUGCAACUUUAAAUCUAGGCGUGGUGGUGCAAUCGGACCUAUAGUGGCAGCUGGACAUAACAGCAUGAAUAUGGUAUGUGAUAACAGUGCCAUAACCAACAUGGGUUGCUUGAGAAAAGGAAUAGACUUCACUGGAUUCGAUCUAAGGAACCUCACAGUGUCCGAUGAAAGAGAGUGUGUAAAGCAUUGCAGAGACACUGAGGGAUGUGUAGCCUUGACCUUCGGAGAGGUUCAUAAAAGAUGUUACCUCAAAUCUAAACGUGGUGGUGUGAAUGGACCCGCAGCAGCGCCAGGAUACAACAGCAUGAACAUGUUUUGUGAUAAUAGUAAAGUUUAUCUGAGAUGUGUACAACUGGAUUACGAAUUCCCCAGGAAUGAUAUGAAACGUCUUAUCUUACAAAACCUCGUAGCUUGCAUAACAAUUUGCAGAGAUACUCAAGAUUGUCUGUCGGUGUCGUACAACGAGGACACAAAUUACUGUACCCUUAAGAACAAGGAAUUCGACUGGUGGGAGGAGAUGUUUUCUGCAAAUGUUAAAAGCAUCAAUCUGGCGUACUGUAUUAGACCCCCCAUGAGUAGAGAAGUACUUACUUGAAUUACUAGACUUCGCAAAGACGACCACCGGACACCUUCACAAGUCAAAACUUUUCUUUGAUAUGACAGGGCCGGAUAGACUUGGAAAAUAACUGGAAACCCAAUCAGUAUAUACUUCACUAGCAAUCUAGAGAUAAUAUUGCUGGGAUUUUAUGCAACUGCUGCUUGGCUUUUAAUUUCUCUUGCAAUAAUUUCGGAUGGCAAUAGGCUGAUUAGGAUUUCUUUGCUUGUGGCGUUGGAUAAUACUGAGAAACUUUAGUUUUAGGAGCUCCAAGUUGAUUUCUGAUGGACCUGUAGAAUUUAGAUAGGGUGUUUGAGAGGGAGCAGAGUUGAGAGAUUUUGGUGAACAGCUUUUAGUUUGUUUUUCAACUUUAUUCUUCUUCAAACGUGAUGGGAACUGAAAAUAUGACUUCAUCACCGAUACAACAUGUAGAAUUACGGAGGGCCAAUCGGACGCAAAGUCGUAAUUUGAAUCCCAAGAUGAUUCCUCUCUUUUUAUCGUUCAUUCGACUAGAAUAAUUGAGCGGGCAGAAAUAAAAAUAUAGACAUAUCGCUCUUUAGGCAAUUCUAGUUUUAAAUGGUUGUCGUUUAUAAUAUUAAUGGAUCAGUCACGUUGCUGAAGUUAAGCAGAUUCGGAUCAUUUUAAAGUUAGGAUGCGCGGCUACUGCAGCCUCCACUUAACCGACGUGUUGGAUCUGUUUAGAUUAAGUUGCAUCUUAAUAGGGUGUUUAGACAUGUAAUUUGUUAAAUUAUCAUUAUUCUAAAUGAGACUAAAGCUGAUUUUAUGAUUUAACUUAAAUCAGACAUUGCUACUCAGUGGAUUAUCUUUUAAAUUUGAAGAUUUGUUUAUAUUAAUAUGAAUAUUUUGAUAAAAGUAGCUUUUGAUAUAUUUUAAAAGCUGAAACAUGUUAAAGAAUUCGUUUGAUCACAAUCUAUUAGUCCAAUCUCG